UUGGACUGUAAUGCUUUUUAUUUUCAGUAUUUAAAAAAAAUCAAUUUCAUAUCUUUUACGACGACACUUUGAUCGCGUGUGUAUAAUUGUUCAUAACACAGAAGAUGAGAAGGAUUCUCAAAUACCAGAUCUUCUCAUCACAAGCUGUGGUUCAGUCGAGAAGGAAACCCUUCAGAUGUAUUUUGAGCAGUUUACAGAGCAAUUUGAGCUCACAAAGCAUGGAAAUAACAGCUGGAUCCUGAAGCUCUGUAGCCAGUCAGAUGUAGAGGAGAUUUUGGGCCAGAAAGAGCACGAGUUUGGUUUAACUGUAGAAGUGUAUAAAGAAGGAGGUCUGGGAGAGCAGCUGGACCCGCGCCGCUUCAUCCUGACGGGCUUCGAUGGAGACACAGACUGCAGCUUGAUCACACUCUUCAUUCACAGCUGUAGCAAGAAAACAGAGCACACCUGGGAGGCGCUCGAUGAGGACAGGAUCGUAGUCACCUUCAAACACGAUAUCGAUGUGACGUCAUUUGCAAGGAAAUGCACCUCGAAGCAGCUGCAGGGUCGAGACAUCGGAUUGAUCCGCCUGGAGCGGACGGACUCGGUUGUGGUCCAGGGAGACUUGGAGAAGCUCACAGAAGAUGUUCUCACGCUUUACUUCAGCAACAAGAAGAGGAGCAGAGGAGGAGAAGUCCAGUCCUUCAUAUGGAUCAACACGAAGAAGAGCGCCGUCAUCACCUUUGUGAACUGUGAUGAUGCUCAUGCGGUGGUGGAACAAACACAUAAUGUUUGCGGCACAGAAGUUCACGCUUCACUGUUCUACUCCAGUUUACAAAAGGCUUUAACUGGAGAAAAACCAACCCUAACUGAUCAAAUCUGCACAAAAGUGAAUGUUCCCGUCAAUAGAGAGCUGCUCCGUUUCUGUGAAACCAAUGAGCGAUGCAGAAAACAACUGGAGAGCGACACCAAACUGCUUCAUGCCAAAGUGCUUCUUGACAGCUCUGCUGCAGAAAAUGAACUGAUGCUGGAGAUGGACGUCAAGAAAGAGUCUCUGGCAGCCUUGCAGAUUGCACCCAGCUGGGAGUCCAAGACUAUGAGAGGAGUUCAGUCCUUCCUUAGCAGAUACGACACAGCAGAGCUGGCGGCUGAGAAGGACAUCUGGACCAGAGUUGAGAACGACUGUCUCACCACGCUCAAUACUGCACUCUCCUACAGGGAGCUCGACUCUAAGGUUAUAAUAGUUGGUGUGAAAGAGGAGGUCAAGAUCCUGUCAGACAAGAUCAGGAUGCUCCUGAAGGACACUGCUGCUGAGGUGGAGGUGGAAAGAAACACCAUCGAGGUGGACAUCCAGCUAGACUGCAGAGAGAUGUUUGAUCUAAUUAAAGAGCGUGUUGAGUCCAGAUUAGGUCAGGUGAGUUUAUCACAUGACGAGAAGCAGCACAUGGUCUCUCUCAGAGGUCUGAAGGAUCAAGUAGAUUUGGUGGAGAUGCUCAUCACGCAAGCGCUGAAGAACAUUGUUACACACCAGCUGAAGCUUUCUUCACAUCUGAUUCACUUUCUAAAGGCUCUGGAUCUUGAAAAGUUUGAGCAAGACUAUUUCCUCCCAAGCCAAAUUCCAGCUAGACUUUUAAAGCGACAGGAUUUUCUUGUGAUCUUGGUUGAGAAAGAAAACUUAAAGAGAGCUGAAGACAAAAUAAGUGACAUUCUCAAAGAGCAGGUCAUACAGCUUUCUUCCUGUCAAACUGAUGAGACGUGGACAUACUUUCUCAGGAAUCUUCAAGAUGAAAUAGAAUCGUUCCAGAAAGCUCAUGACAUCAGGAUCUCACAAUCAAAUAAUGAGCUUAUAAUAUGUGGGUUUUCCAGCUCAGUUGCAGAUGUUACCAGAAAAGUGAAGACAUAUCUGGACAACAAAGAACCAACAACUGAGAGCCUCCCUCUGAAAUCUGACCGAGAGGGUGAAUUUGUGGAGUCCUGUCUGAAUCUUUCCGAGCUCUCUGAACUCAAGCAGCUCAGCGCAACAGUACUCACAUGCAGAACAUCAAACUCCCCUUGCUUAAAGGUCUCAGCAGCUAAAGACAACAUCAAAGAUGCUGUGUGUGUCGUACAGCAGCAGAUCUCAUCCAUUGUUACAGAGAGUCAUAAAUAUGGCAAAGCGGGAGAAGCAAAGGUUCUGGAGAAACAUGAGGCCAACUUGAAGACUAAAGCGAAGGAGAUGCAGUGCAGUCUGUAUUUAUCACAAGAGCAUGUGGUCAAAUCCUGCUCUCCAAAGAGCUCCACACACAAAAUAGGCAGUUUCAUGAGCACCGCAGAAGGAGACCUGCACCAUUUCACAGCCAACGCUCUGAUCUAUCCGAUGAAGGCCAAUCUAGCUUUAAAUAACCCAGUGGCUCAGGGAUUUCCUGACACAUCUACAACGGUUCAUCUACGAUCCUUGGAGCUUAAACACAGACCAGACAUGAGAGUGCUGAUCAAUGGUGUGCCAAUAUGCCUGAAAAAGGGUGACAUCACCAAAGAGACGGUGGAUGUUAUAGUGAACUCAACCAACAAAUCUUUAGAUCUUGACAGCGGAGUUUCUGGUGCUAUCUUAAAAGCUGCUGGACAAUCAGUUAUUGACGAAUGCAAAAAACAAGCUGCAGCAGUGCUGAGAGCUGGAGUGCUUCAGUGUAAGUUCAUCGCUCAGAUGGUUGGGCCGGAGAGCACCGAUGACAUCACAUCCUCUCUGGAACAGGUUCUGAACCUCUGCGAGGCCAAAAUGGCCACAACUCUAGCCAUUCCUGGCAUUGGAACAGGACGAGGUGGCUUCCCAAAAGAAUCAAUCAAAGCCAUCUUCACAGCAAUCGAGAAACAUCUAAAGGAGCCAAACUCAUCCUUCCUCCGGAGAAUCACUAUAGUGGCAUUUGAAAAGAAGACCUUUGGGGACUUCCGUGACUAUUUCAAAGCAUGGAAUAAGCCUGCAUCCGGCAAGAUGCCUGAAAAUCAAGUCAAAAUUGGAAGCGUCAGAAUCGAGGUAAAGAAAGGUGACAUCACUAAUGAAGCGGUGAGGAUCGUAAACACCACCAACAGGAACAUGAGCCUGAGAAGAGGCGUGUCGGGUGCCAUAUUUAAAACAGCUGGAGCGUCUGUGGAGCAGGAGUGCCAAAAUCAUGGUCCACUGCAGAAUGACAUCGCAGCUGUGACCAGUGGUGGAAAACUGCAUUGUGACUUCAUUAUUCACAUGGUCGGGCCGCACUCUGCAGCUGAGGUGAGAUCCCGCGUGAAGAAGGUUCGGCGCUGUGAGGAGAAGCAGAUCACCACGAUCUCCUUCCCUGCUGUAGGCACCGGUAGGGGCGGAGGCGUUAAGGGCGAGGACGCUUCAGUUGCAAUGCUGAAGGGAUUUAAAGAUCAUCUAGCUCAAAACAUCUCGACUGUGAUCAAGCUUAUCUACAUUGUGAUUGACCAGGACAACGCUCUGCAAGAGUUUCAGACAGGUCUUAAAACAUGGACUGCGAAUACACAGGUACAAAACCUUAAGCCAGACAGUGAAAAUGAUGAUGACUACAGCUCAACAGAAGAAAGCUCCUCAUCUGAACAAGAAGGCAACGCAAAUCCAGUGGAGGUGAUGAUGGGCCAGAUUAAAGUCAAGGUGUUUAGUGGGGACAUCACCAAAGAGACUGUCGAGGCUAUUGUAAACAGCACGACUACAAGCCUCGACUUGAAUACAGGUGUAUCCGGAGCCAUUCUCAAAGCAUCAGGACAAACUGUGGUGAAUGAGUGCAAAUCAAAAGCUCCUCAGCCCUCAGAUGGCGUGAUUCUGACCAGUGCUGGAAAUCUUUCCAAUAUCAAACACAUCAUUCAUAUGGUUGGGCAGACCAGUGAGAAAAGCAUCAGCAGCUCCAUGUACAAAGUUCUGAGGAUGUGCGAAGACAAUAAGAUUCAGUCUGUUUCAUUCCCAGCUCUUGGAACAGGAGCAGGUAACUUGGCUGCAGCAGGAGUUGCCAAUGCAAUGACAGAAGCUCUGACAAACUUAAAAGGAUUUACGAAACAUUUGAAGCGUGUCCACAUCGUGAUUUUCCAAGCAAAACUACUGCCAGACUUUCAGGAAGCAAUCAAGAAGUGCAAGAAGAUUUCUCGAAAUGCUUCUGCGCGUCAGGUCAAACCUUUCCAGCAACCGGUCAUACCUGUUCAAGCGCAGCAACCGGCUAUUUGUCUAGCCGAAGAAACGGCAGCUAUUUCUUUUCCAGUUAUGGUUGUUGAUGUUUAUGGGAUGUCGCCUACAAACCUCGUCAAAGUCAAGAAGCUCCUAGACGAGCUGAUCAAGGAGGAGUGCAUCAGUAAAGACGUCCAGUCGAGCCACAUAACAGACCUUCCGGAAACGGACAAGAAGGCUAUUGUGACCCUCAGCCGAGCCAAUCAAAUCAGUGUUCUGGUGACCAGCUUGGAUAAGUUAAUGUUAUCAGGGAAAAAAGACGACGUCUUGGAUGCUGUGCUGAAGAUAAAUGGCUUCAUCCAAGAAGCGCGAGAGCGAGAGAUGCGGGGAGGUGAGGUGAAGCGUCUGAAGGAGACGCUGUGCUGGGAGGUGGCCAGAGGAGACAGCUGGGAGUCACUGGAGGCCGGCAUCAGCUACGACAUCGAGCUGGCCUUCCACCGCAAGCAGAAGACCGUCCAUUACCAGGAGAACGGACAGACCUACAUGGUGGACUUCACCCUGAUGGAGGUGACAAACAGCAAGCAGGAGUCCUGCAGGAUCAAGAGGACUCUGCUUGGAGAUUCUGAUACAGCAAUCAUUCAUCCCCCUCCAGUGUGGACCAAAAUGGAUGGACAGGAUUUAGAAAUAAUUACAUUACACUCAGAUUCGGUGGAAUACAAGAACAUAGAAAAAGCCUUUCUGAAAUCCAGCAAACACCGUGAUGUAAAGCCCGUCCAGGUUCAACAGAUCGACAGGAUUCAGAGUCAGUCGCUGUGGCAGAGAUACUCCGUGCUGAAACAGACCGUGGAUAAGAAAUACCCCAAACAGAGAAACGAGCGCCUUCUUUAUCACGGAACGACCAAAGAGAUAUGCCAGAAAAUCAACAAGAACGGCUUCAACCGCAGCUUCUGUGGCAGAAACGCGGUCUAUCACGGAGAAGGCACCUACUUCGCCAGAGAGGCCUGGUACUCCUGCCAGGACAAGUAUUCUAACCCAGACGACAAAGAGCUGAAGUACAUGUACCGAGCGCGAGUGGUGACGGGCUCGCUGUGUCAAAGCAGAAAAGGAAUGAAGGAGCCGGAUCCGAUCAACCCUGCUGACCCGAGGGCUGGACUGCACGACUGCGCCGUGGACGAGCCAAACAACCCCUUCAUCUUCGUGGUGUUCUGUGACGCAGGAGCCUAUCCUGAGUACCUCAUCACCUUCAAAUCUAUAGCCCUCCAGAGUCCAUAGUCCUCCAGCAAACCCUAAACACACAGCCUGAAUGCUGCUGACAGAGUCUUCAUGAUAUCACUGUGACACAAGGUCAUAAACGUGUCUUCGACAUAUAUAUUAGGGGUGUGCAACAUUGAAAACUAAAAACAUGUAGAUAUUUUCUGGGAUUUUUAGAUAUGGUCACUAGAUGAUAAUUUGCUGAGUGUGUUAAAGGGCUACCACAAACAGACUCUUAAACGUUUUCAAUAUUUUUUACAUUCUGUGUGGUGGUCAGUUCAAACCGAUAGAAAUUAAUCUUUUCAGAUUAACAGGUUUUUACAUUUUAUGGCCAUUUUAAACGUUAUGAAGCAUUUUUUUUCUAAAAGUGACAAUUGUCUUUUGAAUACUGAUAUUUGAAAUUAUUGAAAUGUUGCUCAGAGACACAAAAUAAUGCUGUGGUUGUGUUCGGCAUUGUUUUUUGUUCAAUAACUUUAAUAUCACAUUUCUAAUUAUGGUAAUUUUUGUAUAAAAAAAUGACUCAUCGUGUGAAACUGAUACGAAGUGGUCUCAGUAUAUAGCUUUUCGGCAUCCACGUUUUGAAUGAGAAACUGCUUUAAACUCAGAGAUGCUCCCAAGAAAUGAUGAUUUAGUUCAGUUCAUAGAAGUUAACUGAUAAAGAAAACCUAUUUUUCACAGCGUCCUCAUUUUACAGCAUUUUUACACAAGUGCCUAAAACUUUUAACAGUGCUGUAGAUUUGCAGGGAUCUUUCUUGAAGAAGUUCUUCUGCAAAACUAGUGUUCUAAUAGUCUCUAGACGUUCUUCAGUAGGCCUGUCAGCUGCCAAAAAUCACUUUGAUAAUAACUUGAUAAUAUAUUUGCUACCGAAUAAGGAAAUUUCAAAGACAUUUAAAGGGACAUUUCACCUAAAAAAAAAAUGAAAAUGGCCAUCAUGUACUCACCCUCAUGUUAUUCCAUAAGAGACGCAGGUCCCUAUUGACUUCGUGUUUUUUCUUUCUAUACUGCACAAGUGGGGACCUUCUUCAAAACAUCUACGUUUGUGAUCAAUAAAAGAAACGCACACAGGUUUGAAACAUCUCGAGUUAAGUAAAUGACGACAAUCUUUAUAUUCGUGUGAACCGUCUCUUUAAUGUGACACAAAUAAAUCACUGAAAACACAA